UGUAUGUGUUUGCUGUAAGUGUUAGGCAAAUCAUCCCUAAACACCACGUAAACCCAAACGCACAAAACCAAAUAAUAUGCAUUUAAAAAAAUUAUGUUUGGUGCUGUCAAUUGUAACAGUUGCAAAUGCUGUUGAUGAUCCACAAAAGCAAAAGGAUAAGUCUACAAAACUGCCACCCUGCAAAGCAUGCACCGUACUCGUGGAAUCAUUCAAUUUGGGACUUGAAAAAACAAAACGAGGCAAACAUGCCGGCGGAGACGCCGCCUGGGAGCAAGAGAAAAUGCGUGCGUACAAAAACAGUGAGGUGCGUUUCGUAGAAAUCCAGGAGCAGCUGUGCACCGAAGUCAAACGUGGACAGGAUCACUGCCACAGCUUGAGCAACGAUCACGAGUCGCUGAUUGAAGACUGGUUCACACACAAGCAGGACGACGAGCCCGAUUUGCAUGCCUGGCUGUGCAUCCAGCAGCUCAACGUUUGCUGUCCCCCAAACACAUAUGGACCCACAUGCCAAGCGUGCACGGACUGCAACAAUAACGGCAAAUGCAAGGGCAGUGGCACACGCAAGGGUAAUGGCCAGUGUCUGUGCGAUAGUGGCUACGCCGGCACUAAUUGCAACGAGUGCGAUGAGCACCAUUAUGAAACGUUUCGCGAUGAGACAAAGCUGCUGUGCACAUCCUGUCAUGCCGCCUGUGGCGACGGUGGCUGCAACGGCGCUGGUCCGAAGAGUUGUCGCAAGUGCAAAGAUGGCUGGCGCAUGGACACGGAAAGUGGUUGUGUUGACAUCAACGAGUGCUUGGAUCAACAACGCACCUGCCGACCGCAACAGUUCUGCGUUAACAACGAAGGCUCCUUCACCUGCCUGGAGUGCGAUCGUUCAUGUGACGGCUGCGAUGGCGAUGGCCCGGAUAUGUGCAAGAAGUGCGCCGAUGGCUACAAGCUACAGGAUGGCAAAUGUCAAGAUCUGUCGUCGCAGCAACGCGAUUCAUAUGUGAACAUCACUCGAUUGCUAACGUACUUUGGCAUGUGCGUCGCCACCUGUGUCAUUUUUCAGAGCUCCACGCACAUUGCGUACAUUGUUGGUGGAGCGGUGGCUAUCUAUAUAGCCGCCUCAGAGUACUGGUUGAACUCAACGGCGCAGGUCGCCCAAAAGCCUGAAAUUGACACAAAGCAGCUAGAGGAUUUGAUUAUGAAGUCAUUAUAAGCAGCAAUCAACAUUUUGGACAGAGUGUUCAUUUUAUUCUGUGAAUAAUUCGUAAAAGACCAUUUAUCGGCAGUAUUUUCAUUGUUAUUUUUGUGUUUAAAAAAAAAAAAAUCUGAGCAAUUUUCUAUAUAUUUUGUUUGCAGUAGCGUUGAAAGCGGUCAGCGAUUCAGAUGCGAUUCUUCAAGAGACGUCGACGCGUGAGGAAUUCUAACGCACAAUAUGUAACCACUUAGUCAAAUUUAGUUUAAUUACAUUACCAAAUCAUAUUUCAUAUGUAAUGAAAUACCAAAAUUGCCAAAUUGAAAAACAAAAAUAAUUGAAAUUUUUAACGGAUUUGAUUAGCGCAUUUAUCAUCAACAAAAAAUAAAUUAGCUAUUCAUCGAAAA